AUGAAUCAGCUUCAGCAUCGUAGUACAUCUGAGCCAACCGACCGCUCUCUACUGGAUCCGCGAGCGCAUUUUCUUACUGGUUCAGGAGGCACCACGGUCGCGCCUUUCUUAAGUCCUAGCAGUUCUUCUAAUCUGCUGUCUACGGGUCUCGUAUGGGGUGGGGACAGCAACCCCUACUCUCACUGGUAUACCAACAGCGUCCACCAACAAUCGUUCGAUCCAGCGAAGCACGCGUACGAUGAAGCGGUCAGAAUCCUACGAAAAGAGCUCACAACAACCGAGCGUGAAUUAAUACGGCUGGGAGAACACAACUCAAUCCAAGAUGUCAAAUUGGCUCUUGACAAAGCUUUGGAAGAAUACCAAAAGAAAGCGAAGGGUUCCAAGGUUCGAGACUGGCUGGCAAAAUGCUCGUCUCGAGUAUUGUACUAUGGGGCGGUAUUUGACACAUUCUCGCAACAUCAUCCUGAAUACGUAUCUCUGGCAUGGGGUGCUUUCAAGUUUCUAUUUAUUGCAGUUCUCAACUACGAGGAGCUUCUUGUGGAAGUUUCAAAAGCCGUCUCUCGAAUCGCCGACGUACUACCCCGAACCGAGCUCCACUCGUUACUCUACUCUACUCCAAGAAUGCAAGAGAACGUGGCUCAGCUCUAUGCAAAAAUCCUAGAGUUCUCGAUCAAGGCUAUCCAGUUCUAUAAGAAAGGAAAAUUGUCACAUUCUAUAGCCUCCAUUGUCAAGCCCUUUAGCUUGAACUUCAAGCCAAUCAUUGAAGAAAUCAGGGAGAGGUCAAUACGUGUAGACGAGCUUGCUGGUGCUCUUUCCAAGGCCGAGAUCAGAGACCUUCACGUGAAGGUCCAUGGUCUCAGCCAGUCGGUAGCACAACUGACUGAAAUGAUGGUUUGUGAGUUGCAGCACAAAAAGCCCGAAGUUAUUGUCUUUCCACAACUGCUGAUUCUGGCGCAGUGCAAAACCAGUCAAUCCUAUCUUUUCAAACGCAACACAAGCAAAUGUUUCAAAACACGCAGAUAG